AUGCGGCGGUGCUUCCACUGCGAGUUGAUGUCAGCGCUACAGCAAUUGCCAAAUGAAGAACCGACGCAGGUGAAGCCAGAAGUUCCGCCGCAAGUUCCAUCAGUGGAGAUCUUUCCGCCAGCAACCGGGGCCGCUGAUGCUGCGGGUACUUUCGAUGAUACUGCGGGUGCUGUGGACGAUAGUACGGGUGCUGCUGAUGAGACUGCAGGUACCGCCGAUGGCACUACGAGUUUCGUCGAGGAUACUGCAAGUGUUUUCGAUGACGCCGCAGGUGUUUUGGAAACGAUAACCGUGGGCGCUGAAGAUACUGGCGAUUUGCAGUCUCCAAAUUUAGCCUGGCAUCCAGUUCCGCAGUAUUUUGCCGUGGAACCACAACGUCCAUCCUUAGAGCAACAGUUUCCCCACGACGAACUCUUGCAAGUAAGCGUGUUCCAGGACUGUUUACCGCAAACACUCGAGGUGCUGACGCGCAACGCAUUAACAUUAAGGAAUAGAAGGGCCGGAACGGCCAAUAACAUCGAAGAACGCAUUGUGUAA